GCCAAUCAUCGAGGACGACGGGGACAGACUCCGGCUUGCGGCACAGGUCCCGCCCCGAGUUCCGGGAGCCCACUGACCCUGCGGUCUGAUCCUUGGAGGAUGGCUCAUGAGGAGGGCUGGAGCUUGCGCGAGGUGCGGGCGCGCGUGGGGGCCUCGCACGGUAUCACCGACCUGGCCCACAAGCUGCACUUCUAUGACCAAUGGGCCCCGGACUAUGACCAGGAUGUGGCUGCCCUGCAGUACCGUGCCCCCCGCCUUGCAGUGGACUGCCUCACCCAAGCCCUACCAGGCCUGCCCCUUGAUGCCCUGAUUCUGGACGUGGCCUGUGGCACCGGCCUGGUGGCUGCUGAGCUGCAGGCUCGGGGCUUCCUCCAGCUGCAUGGGGUGGAUGGGAGCCCAGGGAUGCUGGAACAGGCCAGAGCCCGCGGUCUCUAUCAGCGCCUCAGUCUCUGCACCCUGGGCCAGGAGCCUCUGCCCAGCUCUGAAGGAUCCUUUGAUGCUGUGCUGAUGGUGGGUGCCCUUAGUGAUGGCCAGGUGCCCUGCAGUGCAAUACCUGAGCUCCUGCGAGUUACCAAGCCAGGUGGGCUGGUGUGUCUGACCACCAGGACCAAUGCGUCCAACCUUCAGUACAAGGAGGCACUGGAGGCCACCCUGAAUAGGUUGGAGCAGGCCGGGGCAUGGGAACGUCUGGUGGCCUGGCCGUGGGCUGCUGGGAACUGGCCACUUCAGCGUUCGAGGUGGUGCCUGGCACUUCUGACGGUGAUCGCUUCAUCUCCGGCAUCAUCUACCUGUACCGAAAGCAGGAGGUGGCCCAGGUUGAGGGAGUGGGGCCCAGUCCCCAGCCCCUGGCUGGCCUCUGACCCUGCAUGUGGCCUCAGCCAGGCCUCCUCCACUUCGUCUGUAAAAUUGGGCCACUGCACCACCCUGUAUGAGAGCUCUGCCUAUUAAAUGAGUCCCAAGGGUAGGCAGCA